CCGGCACACACACACACGGGGGGACAACGAGCACUGUAGCGUGAGGAGGGGCCACGGGCAGUCUUCUGACUUGGCAACCGCCGCAACGCGACGAGCGGCACCUGCUUUUGCUGCCGCGUGCCUGCGUGCGUGCGCGUGCGUCCACCACUGCCGGCCUUGCCGCACUGUGCCGUGCCCGCCGCCCCCUGCAUCUCCACUCCACUCGCUCACUCGCGUCCCGCUUCCUCCCCCGCCCGCCCGGCCGGCCGCGCCGCGACGCGACGCCAAGGGGGAUGGAUGCGCUCCGCCUACGGCCGUCCCUCCUCUCCGCCGCGCGUCCCGGCGCCGCCCGCCCGCGAGAUCAUUUUCUACCACCAUGUUGUUCCAUCCAACGAAAUGGUGAAGGGCGAAUUUGCUUUUCUAGCCAAAGGACCCAAGGUCCUACCUUGUAUCACCAUCAGAAAUUCUUCGACUGGAAAUCCUCCUAUUGUAGGAUAUCACAUCAGUCAUUAAAUACUUCUGUUAAUGCUUCGGGGCAACAGCUGCAGUCUGAACCUGAAGCACAUGAUUCUACAACCAUCUGGAGGGCAAUAUCAUCUUCUCUAGAUGCAUUUUACAGAUUUUCCCGGCCACAUACUGUCAUAGGAACAGCAUUAAGCAUAGUCUCAGUUUCCCUUCUAGCUGUCCAGAGCUUGUCUGAUAUAUCACCUUUGUUCCUCACGGGUUUGCUGCAGGCAGUGGUAGCUGCUCUUUUCAUGAAUAUCUAUAUUGUUGGACUGAACCAGUUAUUCGACAUUGAGAUAGACAAGGUUAACAAGCCAACUCUUCCAUUGGCAUCCGGGGAAUACACCCCUGCAACUGGGGUUGCAAUAGUUUCGGUCUUUGCUGCUAUGAGCUUUGGCCUUGGAUGGGCUGUUGGAUCACAACCUCUGUUUUGGGCUCUUUUCAUAAGCUUUGUCCUUGGAACUGCAUAUUCAAUCAAUCUGCCGUACCUUAGAUGGAAGAGAUUUGCUGUUGUUGCAGCACUCUGCAUAUUAGCAGUUCGUGCAGUGAUUGUUCAGCUGGCUUUUUUCCUCCACAUUCAGACUUUUGUUUUCAGAAGACCGGCGGUAUUUUCUAGGCCACUGAUAUUUGCAACUGGAUUUAUGACGUUCUUCUCAGUUGUAAUAGCACUAUUUAAGGAUAUACCUGAUAUCGAAGGGGACCGCAUUUUUGGGAUUCGAUCUUUUAGUGUCCGGUUAGGUCAAAAGAAGGUCUUCUGGAUCUGUGUUGGCCUGCUUGAGAUGGCUUACAGCGUUGCAUUACUGAUGGGAGCUACUUCUUCCUCUUUGUGGAGCAAAACAGUAACUAUUGCUGGCCAUUCCAUACUUGCUGGGAUCUUAUGGAGCUGCGCGAGAUCGGUGGACCUGACGAGCAAAGCCGCAAUAACAUCCUUCUACAUGUUCAUCUGGAAGCUGUUCUACGCGGAGUACCUGCUCAUCCCUCUGGUGCGGUGAGGCCUGUGUCGAGGCGACGCGAUGGAUCGGCGGGGUGGUGCUGGUGCCGGGGCCGGGGUAACAACUCCACGGGAGAACUUGAGUGCUGGAGUAAACUCCCGUUUGAAACUUGAAGCAUGCACCGUGGCAGGCAGGCAGGCAGUCGAUGCAUGUCUACGGAUGGCGCCCAAUAAAAUUCCCCUGUGCUUCCACGUACACGCUACUUGAUGACAUCCCAUAUGUCCGGGUGACCUGACCUGAUCGAUCGUCUUCUCUGCACAACGUCCAACGCCCAACGUACCGGAAGUAACUAGACCAGGUGAGCUGUUAGCCCGUAGUUGGCCUUGCUACCACUGCCAGUAAUGAUACUACUCCUAUUAUUAGUCGGCUGAGCUCAGCGGCGUGCGUACUACGUCCAUCUGCGCCUUGACUUGUGCAGUGGGCGUAGUAGCUAGGCAUAGCAUGAAUGUAUGGUGCGUCACGGCCUGAACGGUUCGUCAGUCUGGGCCGUGUUACUUCUGUCCGAAAAAGAUCGCCUGUCAGAGAUCCGGGAUUGCCUUCGCUGCUA